CUCGCCGCCCUGCGCGCUCCCCGCCGCGCCCCGCGCCCCGCGCCCGCCGCCCCGGCCCAGCCCGGCCGGGCGCUGCCUACCCGGGGGAGCCCGAGCUCCGCGCCCGCCCACUGGACCCUCCGCCCGCCCCACGAGCCGGGCACCUGUGCCAGGAGCCCUGUUGAAUCAACUGAGAAAGGACCUGCAGAGCAAACGCCAUGAGCAUCUCAGCUCUCGGAGGCAGCACCAAAGGGAAGCCUCUCCCACCGGGUGAAGAGGAACGCAAUAACGUCCUCAAGCAGAUGAAGGUGCGAACCACACUGAAGGGGGACAAGAGCUGGAUCACCAAGCAGGAUGAAUCGGAGGGCUGCACACUCGAGCUGCCCUCUGGCCGGAGCCGUGCCACAUCUUUGUCAUCAGCUGCCAGGCCUCCAAGCACAAGGGCUCCCACUGGCUAUAUCAUCCGGGGAGUGUUCACCAAGCCCAUAGACAGCUCGUCCCAGCCCCGGCAGCACUUCCCCAAGGCCAAUGGAGCUCCGAAAAGCGCUGCCGGUCUGGUGAGAGCAGCUCCCGCUGGGCCUCCCUGUCCCUCCUCCUCCGGCUACAAGAUGACCACUGAGGAUUACAAGAAGCUGGCGCCCUACAACAUCAGGCGCAGCUCAGCAUCAGGGGCCGCUGAAGAGGAGGAGAUGCCCUUCUCUUCUGACGAGCAGAAACGGAGGUCAGAGGCUGCAAGCAGUGUGGUGAGGAAGACAGCUUCCCGGGAGCACUCGUACGUCCUGUCAGCGGCCAAGAAGAGCCCCAGCAGCCCUGCCCAGGAGACGCAGGCCCCGUUCAUUGCGAAGAGGGUUGAGGUGGUGGAUGAGGACGGGCCUUCUGAGAAGAGCCAAGACCCACCUGCUCUGGCAAGAUCCACCCCUGGAUUGAGCAGGUCUUGCCCGGGCUCCAAAGACAAGGAGGUCCCCAGCCCCAGAGAACCCAACAGAGAAUUGGCUAGUGAAGAGGCCUUCAAGGUCCCUGAUCCGGACUCUGAAAGGUCAAGUGCACAGUCAAGUGAUGGAAAUGUGAGAUCUGGAGCCUUGGGCUCCCCACUUGAAGGCUUGGCUGGAGCAGAUAUCAGCUCUGAGAGAGGAGGCUCCUCCAGAGCAGGCAUAAAGGUCCACUCGCAGCUGGAGGCCCAGCCCUCACCUGAUUGGGCACCAAGCAGGCUGUGCUCAGCUGCUGGCUUCACCCCUCUCCUGGAUGAUCAGGGUAUGCAUGGUGCCAACGCUCAGCCUUGCAAGCCUGGACCAGCAGCCACCAGCUCCAGUACUACUCUGGCCUCUGCUGUCCUGGCUGACAGGAAGAGUGACAGCCCAGCAGACCUGGAGGACGUGAAGGCAGACCUGAAGGGCGCCUUGGCUGGUUCUGAGGAGAAGAAUGUGGCUGCCAAGGUGGGAGAGGCCUGGCAGGAGAGGCCCGGAACCCCGAGAGGUGACGAGGGAGACCCAGCUGCACCCACCCAGCAGCCUGCAGACCCCAGCACCUCAGAGCUGACGAGCAACCCCAGAAGACCUGAGCCAUUCAUGGAACUGGACAGCCAGCGCAGCAGCGCCUUGGCUGGUUCUGAGGAGAAGAAUGUGGCUGCCAAGGUGGGAGAGGCCUGGCAGGAGAGGCCCGGAACCCCGAGAGGUGACGAGGGAGACCCAGCUGCACCCACCCAGCAACCUGCAGACCCCAGCACCUCAAAACGGCAGAGCAGCCCCAGACCUGAGCCAUUCAUGGACCUGGACAGCCAGGGCAGCAGGGUGAGAAACCCCUCAAGCUGUGCGGUCACUGUCACCAUCACUGCUGCUGCUGAGCAGCCUCAUGUUUACAUCCCAGCCUCCCCAAGUGAACCAGACUCCAGCUCAUCGAGCAAAGGGAUUCUCUUCGUGAAGGAGUACAUGAAUGCUAGUGAGGUAUCUUCGGCGAAGCCAGUGUCCCCACGCAGCAUCAGGAGCGUUGAGGACUCAUUCAACAUGGAGAAGAAAUCCCCAUGUGACAGCACCCCUUACUCUGAGAGAACAACUGGAGGGAUCUGUACUUACUGCAGCCGGGAGAUCCGAGAUUGCCCAAAGAUUACCCUAGAACAUCUUGGCAUCUGCUGCCAUGACUAUUGCUUUAAGUGUGGGAUUUGCGGUAAACCAAUGGGUGAGCUCCUGGAUCAGAUCUUCAUUCACCGUGACACCAUCCACUGUGAGAAAUGCUAUGAGAAGCUCUUCUAGGCUGAGAAGAAGCUGAUGACUCCUGGACAAAUUUGGCUGUCCGCAGUUGCCCCGAGUUCCCUCACUUCCUCCCUCCCCAUUUGAUUUCUUCAUGCUUUUGCCUUUCUCAAGUUGAACCUUCUUACAUCCAGUAGUGUAUCUUAAUGAUGCUAUGAUCACUACUUGUGUGUGUAACUUUUUAUAGCUUAGAAAUCACAUCACAUCCAAUGAUCUCAUUUCAGGCUCAAGCAGAGAGGAUUGAACAAGGAUUCCAUCUUGGCCUAAGACAGGUCAGCCUCCUUGUAUGAUAGGCAUGGACAAGAGCAUGGGGUUCAUUAUGUCCUGACUCUUGGGACAGAGAGCACAUCCCAUUCUGGUUCACCACUGUGAGUGUACCUUUGGGACUUGAGAGCAGAAGGAGACCCCCUGAAGCUUCUGAGGGGCCAGGUUGAAGACUGUUGACCAUCCCUGGUGGGUAAAUUGCAGACACUGAGUGCUAGGGAUUGGCAUAGGCUAAUGUUUGGCUUGCCCGUUUGCCGUAUAUAUUUUUUAAACUUUUCAUACACUUUUAAAAGUAGGUAGUUACUUUUGAUUGAGUUCUAUAGCAGAUUUUAGUUUUACCUCUUUCUACUCACCUUUCUCUAUAGCUGAGUUUUGUCCCACAGGCAUGUGGGGAUGUAUUAGAAAGUUUACACAAUUAGGUUUAAAUUCUAUAGGAUGUGAUUCUUGGGGGGCUACUGACCAAAGGGACAUCUGUGUCUGAAUCUUGAUAGGUCAUCAAUACCUUUGCCCUCAAUUCCCAAUCCCUAAUCUUUAUGCAGAAAUCCUCUAAAGUAGGUUUUAGGGUAUAUAGGCUCUAGCAGGAUUAAGAAGGGUGAAAAGCAGCCGACAUUUCUUGAGGCCUUGCUACAUACCAAGCAUUAUCACAAAGUCAUGACAUUGAUCCCCAUACUAAUCUUGUGCAGAGGGCAUUCUCAUCCCCAAUUUACAGAUGAGGAUAUUGAGGCUCAGAGAGAUGGUCAUUGCAUUGUGCAGAACCAUUGCUGUCUCUCUCCACUAACAGUAACCACAACGGUGAGCAUCGAUUCAGUGCUAAGUAUGUGUCAAACACUGUGUGGAGGUUACCUAAUCCUACACCAGGUAAAACUGCCCCCCUCAGGCCUCCUCUGAGGCACAGUCUUACAAAGAGGGGGAGGUGUGAAAUCACUUCUCCUGUGGGCAUCCUGGGUCCCCCUGUGAAGUACCACAGAGACCAAACUGUCCCCCUUCUCUCUCCUCCCCUUUCCACGAAAACACUUCUGAACUGAGAUGGUCUCAGCUGGGAAGAGAUUUGACUCACAGACCUUCCCAAGAGGAGCUUGUCAACCCAGGGAAAGCUCUAGUGGGCUAGCCAAUCUGAGCACAGGGCCUUCAGUGACCUCGUAUAUUCCAGUCCAGAGCCUGUCCCAAACUAGCAGCAACUGCUGGGGCCCCAGGUCCUCAGAAUCUGGAAACCUGUCACCAGCUGGACAGAUGCAGGCCCAUCCGUGCAAUUAGGUGAUUCUCUGCUUGGCUUCACCUGGGCUUCUCUACCUUUGGCACCAGCAUCACUGUGUAAGCUCCCCAAGAGGAGGAAUAACCUGAGGGUUUUUCUGAUGAAAAAUGAAGGCCUCUUCUCUUGAUUUAAUUAGAAAAUGUCUCUCCAUCUCUCUCCAGUUUCUGAGCCCUGUGCACAUUGGCUGGUAGACUGGUUCUUCCUGUCAAAUGAUCAGAGAGGAUCCAUUUAUUUGCAAAGAGAUGCAUCAGAUUUGCUCUGGACGGGGAAAGUGGUACAAUAUGACAUGUGCUGACACUAAAUAUGACUGGUCUUCCUCAAGUCUAGCCCUCAGCAUGAGCCUUGGCACAUGGUAGGCACUGACACGUAGGGGCUGAAUGAAUGAGUGAAAGGGAAAAAAAGGUCGCUCUUUGGGUGGGAGGUGCCAUCCCUGAGUCUUGGUGCUACAGACCCGGCUGAUGGAGUUCAGGAUGAAAAGGUCCAAGAUAGGCUGGCUUCCCUACCUUCAAGAUACACUCUGCUUUUAAGGUAGUUUUAGAACCAAUAUGCAAGAUAGUGACAGAAAGCUUGUGAAAUCAGUAUUGAUUUCAAUCCAAAACAGCCUCUCUCAUGGCUAAAAAGGCACAGAAUUCUGCAGACUUAAGGAAGAGGGGUGGUUGCAUUACACUUUUGCUUUUUAAUUGCCUAGUGUUUUUAAUCAUACUUGCUUAACCCACAUUAAUGUACACAAUUAUAAUAAAUGUUAAGAUAUUACA